GUGCCAUGGCGAGAGCCCGCGCUGCCGUAGCGGCAGCCGCCCGGCAGGCACAGGGUGAAGGCUCCCAAACCACAGCAGCGGCGUUGGCCAGGCAGCAGGCUGAGACAGAGCGAAAAGCUAUGGCAAAUGCUCGUCUCGCGGCAGCGGCAACGCGCAUGCGUCUGGUGGAGAAGCGAAACCCAGAAGCCGGGGCGGGGGAGGGCACCUCGCGUGCGGCGGGCGCGACACGAGCACAGACGGGACGGAAGCGACGCGCCCGGGUUGUGGGCGUUGGCACAGAGUCAGGAGAGGCAUGUCCCAGUGAUGGGCAGUAUGGGGUGGAUACAUCAGAGCCGGAGUGGGAUCGGGAAGGUGGCGACGUCAGUCUCGGGGAGGAUGAGAGCGCUCCCGAGAUCGCGGCUGCGCUGGAGAGAGCAAGGAGGCGCGGCCAGGGUCGGGGCGGGAGCGUCCACACCCCCGUGGUGACACAGGCAGAGAUGGGGCGUGUCCAGGGUGCAAACGUUUGCCAGGGCACCGCCUCCACACCGUUCCCACGGCAAUCGACUCAUGCGCACUCAGCCUGUGCCCACAGCCAAUCCCAGCCAGUCUCAGACAUUGUAAAGCUGAAACAGUUGAUACAGCAAGAGUCGACAUCCCAGACUGCGGGAUUUGCAAGUGUAAAUCAAUUGUUACAAGAAUUGCACAGGGAUUUAUCAGAGAUACAGAUAGGGGAACAAACGUCCGAGUCUUUUGCAGUGCCGACCUCAGCCGGUCAGACGACAGCGCCACCCAGUGGCGGAACCGCAAUAUUGCAGGAGGUUUUGCCGGAGCCGGUUGCCCAAGCCAUCGCGCCACCCAGUGGUGGGUCUGUAACAUUGCAACACUUUUUUCCAGUUUUAUAUAAGAAGAAGUCUAGGGCGAGGAAGACUACACCUGCACGACAGCAGGAACCUCCGCUGAUUCCAGAACGGCAUGAGACUCAGGACACUCCUGCUGAGGCGCAGCAACAGGAUGAUACUGUAUGUAUUACUGCUUCGGAGGGUGUCCCAGUCUGGACAAUUCCAACAUCAAGGUCUGCUGAUCCCUCACGUCAGGGAGAGUCAAUUAUAAUAUCAAAAGGAGUUGUUGAGUUUCUUUUACAGUAUCUGACCACAGCCUUGGAGUCACAUUCAGAGCUGCUGACUCAUCUUUCGAAAAUUUCUCAAACAGUACAGGGCAGCCGUGUGUUUCCCUCUGCAGCAGACGUUCCAUUCUCAUCCGCAAUCACCCAGCCCUCAUCCUUGCAGAUGCCACAGAUGUCGUUCUUACAGACACCCAGGCUCUUGUAUGGCAAAAGGCAUGGAGGAGAUCCCUGGAGGAGCUGAGAGCCAGAUACCAGGGCGGACGCAGAUCCAAGAAGCAAAGACACAGGCACGCAAACGAAGGCAGACAACGGCGCUGCAAACAUCUCAUCAGACAACGAUUGACAACUCAGAGACUUGGGGUUCUUCUUGGGACUCGAGUGUCAUUCGGGUGUUGCUGCACUGCAAGGUUUCUCGCAGAGAGUGAGGACAUGGGCAUGGGGUUCAGACAGAUAGUGUUCAUGUGCUUCAUUCUUUUGCCUGUUGCCAUGAGCAAUAGGGCACAUUUUCCCAUGAGACAGCCAAAGGGAAAUGUGUGGGAAACUUUGGCAAAGGCAGCAGGUCUGGACAGCAUUUGUCUGACUCAUUCAAGGCCAGGGAAACCAUUCUCGACAUGUUUGGUAGGUGUGCCGGUGAAGGAAUGGCCGAUCCCAAAGAACAUCCCUCCAAAGGUUCUGAAAUCUUUUUCGGAUCCUAUGGAAGGAUGGCAUGUCUGGACACAGUUCCUUCCUGUGGCUCAUUUCGAACCCCAGGAAUUGGACAUCUUUGGGUCAACAAGAAUGAAAUUUUGCAUCAUAUUCAACCCAUCAGGAGUGACAGAGACAGAUAACCACACGAUAGAUGUCACUCCAAACCAGCCCUUUUACAGAAAUGCAUCAUCCUGGUGCAAUUACACCAAGAUGAUGAGCAAACUAUCCCUCCAGAAUCCAACCGUUUUACCAAAAGGAAUUUUCUUAAUUUGUGGGGACAGAAUUUGGCCUGCUAUCCCUGCAAAAAUCAGGGGCGGUCCAUGCAGCAUUGGAGAACUCUCAUUGAUAACACCCAAUUUGAAAAUUUUGAGGGAACAGUCACACAGAAAAAUAAGAUCCAUUGAACAAUAUGGCCCAAAUUGUAAUGAUGAAGUUUAUACCUGGGACAAGGCUCGGAGAAUUGCAGUAGCAAUUUUCUCACCCCAAGCAGCAUCGGGGGUGGCCUUGACACAACUGGACCACAUAGCGUGUUGGUUGAGCAAACACACUCAUGCCAUUUCCUCUGCACUGAGCGACAUGUUAACAGAUAUCGACAGUGCGAGACAAGCAACGCUUCAGAACAGGGCGGCAAUUGAUUAUUUGCUGCUAUCACACGGACAUGGGUGUGAAGAAUUUGAGGGAAUGUGCUGCAUGAACUUGUCUGAUCAUUCGAAAUCCAUCCAUGAAAACAUAAAACAAAUGCAAAAUAGCAUCAACAAAUUGCAAAAGGUUACAGGAUCAUGGUGGGAUGACUUCAUCAACCUUUUUAGUCUCUCACCAUUGUGGAGGGAGUUUUUGAAGACAGCAUUUUAUAUUCUUAUAGGGUUUCUAGUUCUCCUGCUUGUUCUGCCGUGCAUUUUUCUAUGCACUCGGCGUGUCAUGGACAAAGUGGCAAGACAGGUCUUCUUGGUGCAAACAGGAGGGGGAGAUGUCGGAACCCAAGGUGUCCCUCAGACACUCUUGGAUGUUCUGGGCCCAGGGCAGAAGCCUCUGAGACCCUGGCAGGCGGCCAGGGACCCCUGUGGUCUUGAGCUUGACCCAUGGAACAAUUUACCAACCUUGCAGGAAGAACAAGAAAUCACAAAAGUUUAGAUAUUAUAGUAGAAGUAGUCACAAAGUGAAAGGUAGAAUUUUUGAGUGCUGUACAGGGGGGUUUUAGGCCUUGUACAGGGGGGUCUGAGUUUUGUACAUGGGGGUCAGAAGUUCUAAGAUGGAGGGAUUUGGGCGUGCCCUGUCCUCCUUCUUUCUUCUUCCUAUUCUCCAUGUUCUUGGUGAUGUUGGCACUCACAGAUUGGGUUAGAGUAGAAAGUCACUGUUCAACAUAGGUAGUAGGCAUUGGGGAAAAACUAUAAACACCUAAUACGUAAUGUGUGAUAUAAAAGAUGGCACCAGCCCCUCGGGGAGGGGAGACGGGGACAGCCAGAGACGGGGACAGACAGAGUCAGGGACAAU